AUGCCUGCCGUUCAAUCUGCAUAUGACCCCAAGGACAUGAAGUUCCGCCACCUCGGCCCUACCGGCCUCAAGGUGAGCGUGCUGUCCCUCGGGGGUUGGCUCACCUACGGAGGCACCCAGAAGGGCGAGAUUGUCAAGAAGUGCCUAGAGACGGCAUGGAGCCACGGUAUCAACACCUUUGACACCGCCGAGGUCUACGCCAAUGGCGAGUCCGAGGUUGAGAUGGGACAGGCCCUCAAGGAGCUCGGCUGGCCCCGGGACGAGUACGUUCUCACCACCAAGGUCUUCUUCGGCACUGGCCGCAAGGAGCCUAACACCCGUGGCCUGAGCUGGAAGCACAUUGUCGAGGGCCUCAAGAGCUCGCUGCAGCGCCUGGACCAGCCUUACGUGGACAUUGUCUUCGCCCACCGACCUGACCCCGCCACCCCCAUGAAGGAGAUCGUCGAGGGUUUUACCCAGACCAUCCGCAACCUCAACCUGGCCUACUACUGGGGAACGUCGGAAUGGUCCGCCACCCAGAUCAUGGAGGCCACCCAGAUCGCUGAGAAGUACAACCUCAUCGCACCUGUCGUUGAGCAGCCUCAGUACAACGCCUUCCACCGAGAGCGCUUUGAGGUCGAGUACGCACCUCUGUACAAGCAGUUCCAGUAUGGUACCACUAUUUGGUCGCCUCUUGCCUCUGGUUUCUUGACUGGCAAGUACAACAAUGGUAUUCCGGAGAACUCGCGCUUCGCAACCAACAAGGACUUCUUCGAAAACACUGUCAAGUCCCUGCAGUCUGAGGAGGGCAAGGCCAAGAUCGAGAAGGUCAAGAAGCUGACCACCCUAGCCGAGAAGCUGGGGGGAACUGUCGCUCAGCUCUCGCUGGCUUGGUGCAUUAGCAACCCCAACGUCAGUACCGUGAUCCUGGGCGCCACCAAGGUUGAGCAGAUCGAGGACAACAUCAAGGCCCUUGCGCUCUCUGACAAGCUGACGCCCGAGAUCUUGGAGGAGAUUGAGAAGAUUCUGGACAACAAGCCUACUCCUCCGCCUAGUUACGGCCGGGAGAGGUAA